CUCAUAAAGAUUAGAAUUCCUGCCACGACAGAAUUAUCAUUUAUUAUAUCUGAUUUGGCACUCUAAUCUUUAACCUCACCAUCAAUAAAUAAAUAAAUAAACGAAUCGAAUAGAAUAAAAAACAAAAUAAACAACCUUUAUAGAUUCGACGAACAGCCUCUGAGAAAGCUAAACCAGUUUUGUACUCUGUCUUCUCUAUCUCACAAACAGACAUACACUCGCUUGUUGUCCACCAUUUUCAUUUUCAUUUUCAAUUUCAUUUUCGUCAGUUGUUCUUUUCUUUUUCUUGGGAACAUAAUCCGAAGAUGGCUCUUUGGCUGAGGAAAUCACUGAAAACUAUCAACAACUUCAAGUCUAUGAUGGGCAUGAUCAACCACAGUUCUUCUUCGCCUUCUCCCUCUUUCAAUCAAAAUCUCAGAAACCCACCUGUAAUUUUCAUUGAUUCACCAACCUAUUUCUCCUCUCAUCGUUAUGAAUCCACCAGAGCGGAGAAACAGUCGGAUUCUGUAUAUGGUUCCCAUUGCCAUGCACAGGUCAUGGAUUUCCCAGGAGGAAAGAUUAUGUUCUCUCCUGUCAUGAGGUUCAUAUCUGAAUCGACUCAGGAGCGCGUACAUUGCUAUCAGGUCCUUGAUGACAAUGGGAAUCCAAUUACUGGCAGCAACUAUGUACAGGUCAGUGAGGAAGUUGCUCUGAAAAUGUACUCUAACAUGGUUACGCUUCAAAUUAUGGACACAAUCUUCUAUGAAGCACAAAGACAGGGUAGAAUUUCCUUUUAUGCAACCACAAUUGGAGAAGAGGCUAUCAAUAUUGCAUCUGCAGCAGCACUCACCAUUGAUGAUUUUGUCUUUCCUCAGUACCGGGAGCCAGGAGUACUCUUAUGGCGUGGUUUCACCCUACAAGAAUUUGCGAACCAGUGUUUCAGUAACAAAGCUGAUUACGGGAAGGGCAGGCAGAUGCCAAUACAUUAUGUGUCUAAAAGGCACAACUAUUUCACUGUAGCAUCAACAAUUGCUACACAAAUUCCUCAUGCUGUUGGUGCUGCAUAUUCUAUGAAGAUGGAUAAAAAAGGUGCCUGUGCGGUGACUUAUUUUGGUGAUGGUGGAACAAGUGAGGGUGAUUUCCAUGCUGCUCUAAAUUUUGCAGCAGUUAGGGAGGUCCCAGUUAUUUUUAUCUGUCGCAACAAUGGAUGGGCUAUCAGUACACCUACUUCAGACCAGUUCCGAAGUGAUGGUAUCGUUGUCAAAGGUAAGGCUUAUGGAGUCCGAAGUAUUCGCGUUGAUGGUAACGAUGCUCUUGCCAUGUAUAGUGCAGUCCAUGCAGCACGUAGUAUGGCAAUUAGUGAAAACAAACCAAUCUUAAUUGAGGCCUUAACAUAUCGAGUGGGACACCAUUCCACAUCAGAUGAUUCAACCAAGUACCGUCCAAUUGAAGAGAUCGAAUGGUUUAAAGUAGUACGAGACCCGGUAACUAGAUUUAGAAAGUGGAUCGAAAACAGGGGCUGGUGGAAUGGCAAACUUGAGUCAGAGCUUAGAAACACUGUGAAGGAGGAGCUGUUAGAUGCGAUUCAAGUAGCAGAGAAAGUUGAGAAACCCACAAUUGCAGAACUUUUCACAGACGUAUACGAUGUCUCACCAUCCAACCUUCGUGAUCAGGAGAAGUUUCUGCGAGAAACAAUCAAAAGACACCCUCAGGAUUACCCAUCAGAUGUUCCUUUGUAGAUAACAUUUCCUUUGUAUGAUGUAAAGGAAAUUUUAUCACAAUAUCAAUUGCUCAACUUUAUGGAUAAAUUUUCAUUGGAAGUGCAAAAGGGAACAAUUCCAACGAAAAUUAUCAGGUAUUUUGAGCGACUUCUUUUUCUAAUCUAAUAUGGAAGACAGCUUUUGAAAAUAUGAUUUUUUA